AUAGCCUCUUCCGGGAGAUCCUCCUCUUCCUGACGUCGUCGCGUAGCUACCGUUCUGGGAGGCGGAAGGGGGGGGGGUUAUUUGAAGAAAAGCGAAGAGAUUGUUGUCAACAACACGGGUUUCUACACUGCCCUGGCUAAUUUCACACAAAAAAAUAAGAUGUCAGAUACAGACACGAAACCUUCAGGUCAGGAUGCAGCAGACCAAAAAGAUGGAGAGUACAUCAAACUGAAAGUGAUCGGUCAGGACAACAGUGAAAUUCACUUCAAAGUGAAAAUGACGACCCAUCUGAAGAAGCUGAAGGAAUCUUAUAGCCAGAGACAGGGUGUUCAUAUGAGUACCUUACGGUUUCUAUUUGAGGGACAAAGAAUCUCAGACAACCACACUCCAAAAGAGCUGGGGAUGGAAGACGAGGACGUCAUCGAGGUCUAUCAGGAACAGACUGGAGGACUUCGGAAUAAUUAGUCUUCCUGGAUUUAACUUUUUUGUUGUUGAUGAUAAUAUUGUAUUUUAUAGUUGUACAAUUACUGAGUGAUUUGUUUGGCUUUGUGUUCCUCUCAGUGGUAGAGAUCUCUGCCAGAGAGGAGAGAAUAAUUGUCUGAUACCUGUUCUCUUAUCGUCACCUGGUCUGUUUGUGCUGGCACUCGGGCCAUAUCUGUUUGUGCUGUUUUGAAAACUCCUAUGAAGGCGUGACUGUAGGAGUUGGCAAGACGGCACAAACAGGGUCUGAAUGCAUUUCAGAGUAGGAGUGCUGAUCGGAGAUCAGUUUUGGGUAUUUAAAAAAAAAAAACAUUUGUUUUUUUUUACCUUGUCAGGUCGGGUAUUCGAUCCAGUAACCUUUUGGUAACCCAACGCUCUAACCACUAGGCUACCCUGCCACCCCAUUGACCACAUGCACAAGGGGGACCUGAUCCUAGAUCAGCACUCCUACUGCUUCAUGUUUACGGCCACCGGAACAAGGCUACUAUGGUCCAGACGUGGUCCAUCAAAGACUCAUUGGUUGGAUAGAUGACAUCAGAAUGAUAGUGUUUCUUCAGACCCCCCCCUAGCUUCAGUUUGGUUAAUUGGCAUCCGUCCCCAUAUAUAUCUUUCGACAGUAUAUAUUUUUACUAGCUAUAGAUCCAUACCAUGUAUUGAAGAUCCAGGUAACGGCCAAAGUAAAGGAAACACUAACAUCGUGUCUUUAAUAGAGAGUGUUGGGUGACCACCAGCCAGAACAGCUUCAACGCACCAUGACAUAGAUACUACAAGUGUCUGGGACUCUAUUGGAGGGAUGCCACACCGUUCUUUCACGAGGAAUUCCAUCGUUUGGUGUUUCUUUCGGUGGUGGAAAACGUCUCGGGCGCCGCUCCAGAAUCUCGAAGGUCUUCCUAGUUACCUGUGUUAUAUCAGUGGUGACCCCCCCCCCCCCCAGCCUGCUGGAAGGUCUUCCUAGUUACCUGUGUUACAUCAGUGGUGACCCCCCCCCCAGCUGGAAGGUCUUCCUAGUUACCUGUGUUAAAUCAGUGGUGACCCCCCCCCCCCCCCCCCAGCCUGCUAGAAGGUCUUCCUAGUUACCUGUGUUAUAUCAGCGGUGACCCCCCCAGCCUGCUGGAAGGUCUUCCUAGUUACCUGUGUUAUAUCAGUGGUGCCCCCCCCCCCCCAGCCUGCUGGAAGGUCUUCCUAGUUACCUGUUAUAUCAGUGGUGACCCCCCCAGCCUGCUGGAAGGUCUUCCUAGUUACCUGUGUUAUAUCAGUGGUGACCCCCCCUGCCGGUAAACGCUGCACAUGUCCUCGGCUCAACCUUACUGUACGUUAAUCUGAACUGUGUAGUACUCUGUAGUACUGAUUACUGUACAUUGAUUAUGUUAAAGGCCCAGUGCAGAUUUUUCUUUGUUCUGUAUAUAUAUAUAUAUAUAAUGAUAAUGCUCUUUUAGUGUAAGAGCUGAUUGGAAAGACCGCCCACUUGAAAUUCCAGCCUGUUUUUGUUUUGGUGGGAUGGAGUUUUGACCUAGUAAAUUAGUUAUUAGACCUGAAAUGAGAGUUUCAAACCUCUGCCAAUAGUUUUCAAUGUUCCCCUCCCCACUCAGACCCUCUCUGCCAAUAACAGCUAAGUUCCCUCCUCCACUCAGACCCUCUCUGCCAAUAACAGCUAAGUUCCCUCCUCCACUCAGACCCUCUCUGCCAAUAACAGCUAAGUUCCCUCCUCCACUCAGACCCUCUCUGCCAAUAACAGCUAGGUUCCCUCCCCACUCAGACCCUCUGCCAAUAACAGCUAGGUUCCCCUCCUCCACUCAGACCCUCUCUGCUAAUAACAGCUAGGUUCCCUCCCCACUCAGACCCUCUCUGCCAAUAACAGCUAAGUUCCCUCCUCCACUCAGACCCUCUCUGCCAAUAACAGCUAAGUUCCCUCCUCCACUCAGACCCUCUCUGCCAAUAACAGCUAAGUUCCCUCCUCCACUCAGACCCUCUCUGCCAAUAACAGCUAAGUUCCCUCCUCCACUCAGACCCUCUCUGCCAAUAACAGCUAGGUUCCCUCCCCACUCAGACCCUCUGCCAAUAACAGCUAGGUUCCCCUCCUCCACUCAGACCCUCUCUGCCAAUAACAGCUAGGUUCCCUCCCCACUCAGACCCUCUGCCAAUAACAGCUAGGUUCCCCUCCUCCACUCAGACCCUCUCUGCCAAUAACAGCUAGGUUCCCUCCCCACUCAGACCCUCUCUGCCAAUAACAGCUAGGUUCCCUCCCCACUCAGACCCUCUGCCAAUAACAGCUAGGUUCCCUCCCCACUCAGGCCCUCUCUGCCAAUAACAGCUAGGUUCCCUCCCCACUCAGGCCCUCUCUGCCAAUAACAGCUAGGUUCCCUCCCCACUCAGACCCUCUCUGCCAAUAACAGCUAGGUUCCCUCCCCACUCAGACCCUCUCUGCCAAUAACAGCUAGGUUCCCUCCCCACUCAGGCCCUCUCUGCCAAUAACAGCUAGGUUCCCUCCCCACUCAGGCCCUCUCUGCCAAUAACAGCUAGGUUCCCUCCCCACUCAGACCCUCUGCCAAUAACAGCUAGGUUCCCUCCCCACUCAGGCCCUCUCUGCCAAUAACAGCUAGGUUCCCUCCCCACUCAGGCCCUCUCUGCCAAUAACAGCUAGGUUCCCUCCCCACUCAGACCCUCUCUGCCAAUAACAGCUAGGUUCCCUCCCCACUCAGGCCCUCUCUGCCAAUAACAGCUAGGUUCCCUCCCCACUCAGGCCCUCUCUGCCAAUAACAGCUAGGUUCCCUCCCCACUCAGACCCUCUCUGCCAAUAACAGCUAAGUUCCCCCCUCCACUCAGACCCUCUCUGCCAAUAACAGCUAAGUUCCCCCCUCCACUCAGACCCUCUCUGCCAAUAACAGCUAGGUUUCCCUCCUCCACUCACACCACUCCUAGACAGUCCUUGCAAAAUUCUUGCUUGAGCAAUUGCUCUUUGCUAAGAAGCUAACUAUUUUUUUUUUUUUUUAAAUUUUUAAUUAAAAAACAAUCACAGUUAGGGACUCCAUUGUUACCCUGAACUGAUUUUGACAUUGCCUUACAACCUUACAUCUAUGUUCUCUUUUGUAAAAAAUGACUGGUAAAUGUAACAUAUUGACAUACCUUUCAGUCCCACAAAACCCAUCACUGUUGUACUUAUUCAUGGCAGGAUAAAGGCUGUGAGUUCCCAGUUUUAAUUCUGACAAACCUUGUAUAGCAAAAGUUAGCAUCGUACACAGUUCGUAUUUUCUAGAAGAAAAUCAUGCAUUCAAAUGUUACCCCUCUUGUAUAUUUUGUAUACGUCUUUUUAAAAUAUAUUUUAUUUGAGUAAGACCGUUUUUUAAAUUGUAUUAUUGCACGGCAUCUCAUGUUAUUAGUUGUCUCAAUUCAGGAGGGGAAACCACGAUAUGCAGUUUGGGUAUGCUGUACGUGGAUGAUCAGUUUGGGUAUGCUGUACGUGGAUGAUCAGUUUGGGUAUGCUGUACGUGGAUGAUCAGUUUGGGUAUGCUGUACGUGGAUGAUCAGUUUGGGUAUGCUGUACGUGGAUGAUCAGUUUGGGUAUGCUGUACGUGGAUGAUCAGUUUGGGUAUGCUGUACGUGGAUGAUCAGUUUGGGUAUGCUGUACGUGGAUGAUCAGUUUGGGUAUGCUGUACGUGGAUGAUCAGUUUGGGUAUGCCGUACGUGGAUGAUCAGUUUGGGUAUGCUGUACGUGGAUGAUCAGUUUGGGUAUGCUGUACGUGGAUGAUCAGUUUGGGUAUGCCGUACGUGGAUGAUCAGUUUGGGUAUGCCGUACGUGGAUGAUCAGUUUGGGUAUGCCGUACGUGGAUGAUCAGUUUGGGUAUGCCGUACGUGGAUGAUCAGUUUGGGUAUGCCGUACGUGGAUGAUCAGUUUGGGUAUGCCGUACGUGGAUGAUCAGUUUGGGUAUGCUGUACGUGGAUGAUCAGUUUGGGUAUGCCGUACGUGGAUGAUCAGUUUGGGUAUGCCGUACGUGGAUGAUCGUACCUAAAGCUACUCAGAUAUAUGCUCUUCUCCUCAGCUGAAGCAAAGCAGAGGUCAAGCCUCAAAUGACCUACAUGAUUUUCUUCCUAAUGCAUUUUAUACAAGGCUAUGUAGACUUUUAUGGGUUGCCAGAUUGGAGAAAAAGUACACAUUUUUUGUUUUGCUUUUGGUGUCGAUGAAGGUGUUUGGGGAAUGGAGAUACAUUUUUAUGAUGGGGAAUAUAUAAUGUACACAAACACACUCGCUCUGGUUGUACUCAUGUUAUAGCCAACUCUUGACUUUUUGUAUGAAUUAUUUUUUUAUAAAAUGUUUGUAUCUAGUUGACAUGUAUUCAUUAUCUUUAACUGAUUAAAUGUUUGUAGUAAUGAUUAA